AUGGAUUUUACAGAGCUUGAAUCGCAUACAGGUUUGCGAUUCAGCUGGAAUUUGUGGCCUUGUUCCUAUGAGGAGGCAGAAAAGGCGGAGGUGCCAAUCGGCUGCCUCUUUACUCCACUCAAGGCCUCGGAUGAAGACUCCGCACAAAAGAUACCACUGGUAGAAUACAUGCCAGUGAGAUGUAGGAAUAGUGGCAUAUUUUUAAAUCCCUACUGUAACAUAGAUUUCCGCGCGAAAACAUGGACUUGCCCUGUCUCUCUUCUCAGGAACCCUUUGCCGCCCUCAUAUUCGGAGCACAUUUCACCAAACAACCUUCCGUUGGAACUCACAAAUCUGACUAUGGAAUACAUUAUUCCCUCAAAUGUAACUGGUGGCGUUUUCCCACCAACUUUUAUAUUUUUAAUUGAUACUUGCAUCCCACAAGAGGAGCUUGAUCAACUCAAGGAUUCACUUCAGCAGGUUAUUAGCAUGUUGCCUGGUGACGUGAAUGUUGGAUUUAUAACAUUUGGAUCGGUAAUUAAAGUUCAUGAUUUGAGCGAGACGGAAAUUCCACGUUGCUUCGUUCUUCGUGGUAAUGUGGAGCACAAGGCUGAUUACAUCAAGAGGGUACUGAAUAUAGCUCAGACCACUAGCCGAUUUGUGCAACCCAUGAAUACAGUGGAAUACACAUUGAAUAGACUUGUAGAGAAUUUAAUUGUUGAUUCAUGGCCCAUUGGUCCAAACAGCAGACCAAACAGGUGUACUGGAUCUGCUUUGAGCGUGGCCACAAGUCUACUUGAGAGUUUUUCAAUGAACAAGGGUGGAAGAGUUAUGUUAUUUGUUGGAGGUGCCUGCACUUAUGGCCCUGGAAAGGUUGUAGAGAUUCCUCUUUCAGAAUCUAUCAGACACCAUAUCGAUUUGCAGAAGGAGAGUCACAAUGCUCGCUUGGUAAAGGAUGCUACAGCAUAUUAUACAUCACUUGCUAUGCUUUGUGCCACAAAUGGUCAUACUAUUGAUAUUUUCGCAUGUUCUCUUGAUCAAUCCGGUCUGCAUGAAAUGAAAGUCUGUUGUGAUAAGACCGGAGGUUAUAUGGUUAUGUCAGAUUCGUUUAGUAUGUCAAUCUUUAAGGAUUCAUUAAAGUCCAUUUUUACUGUUGAUAAGGAUGGUUUUAUGACGCAGGGAUACAAUGCGAAAAUUUCUGUAUUUACCAGCAAAGAGCUAAAGAUUUCUGGAUGCGUCGGAGGUUGCUAUUCAGCUAAAAAGAAGGGAUCUAGUGUUUCUGAUGUAGUUAUAGGAGAGGGAGGCACCUAUGAAUGGACUGUUGGGUCUUUGGACAAGAGAUCUACCUUGGCCUUUUUUUUCACUUUGGAAAACCAGAAUGCAUCAAUGAUUAAUUCUGCCUUGACAACUAUUGGUGUGUCAAAGGGGAAUAAUGCAAACGGAGCCGCAAACAAUCUUGCUGGUUUGCAGGGAUUUGUGCAAUUCCAGACAGUCUAUUAUCACUCAAAUGGAAGCAAGAGGUUGCGUGUAACAACCUUCUCAUGCAAAUACGCACAGCCAUCACUUUCUGAUCUCUCAACUGGAUUUGACCAGGAGGCUGCAGCUGUUUUAAUGGCCAGGUAUUCUCUCUAUAAGUUGGAGACUGAGGAUCCUCUAAGUGUACUCAGAUGGCUGGAUAAGAAGUUGAUUAACUUGGUUUGCCAGUUCGCAGAUUAUCAAAAGAAUGAAGCACACACAUUCCGCUUGUCAUCUCAGUUUUCUAUAUAUCCUCAGUUCAUGUACCAUUUGCGUCGUUCUCAUUUUCUCCAGACUUUUAACGCAUCUCCUGAUGAAACUGCCUAUUAUAGAUAUAUUUUGUGCAGGGAGAAUGUUAUCAAUUCCUUGAUUAUGAUACAACCGGCACUUCUUGAAUACUCAUUUGAGAACCAAACACCGCAACCUGUCCUUUUGGACGCAGUAUCGCUAAAGAAGAAUGUAAUACUGCUUUUGGAUACUUUCUUCCAUCUUGUUAUAUGGUACGGUGAGACCAUAAAUCAAUGGCGUGAGCAGGGAUACCAGGACAACCCAGAGUACGCACACUUUAAAGACUUGUUACAAGCCCCUAACGAUGAUGCCAAGCACAUUUUGGAGGACAGAUUCCCAACACCAAAGUUUAUCCUUUGUAACCAGGGAGGAUCACAGGCUAGGUUCCUUCUUGCAAAGGUCAACCCUUCCACGACUCACAACUCCGGAUUACAAGAUUAUGAUGCUUCCACAGCAGUUAUAAACACAGAUGAUGUGUCACUAAAGACUUUUAUGGAGCACUUGGUGAAGCUCGUUGUACAGGCCUAA